AUGGCUAGUUCAUCGUCAGUAUCGACACCGUCGUCAAAUAAUAUAACUUCAUCAAUUCAAGGACCAUUAAGAUCUUUAACCAUAUCAAAACCAAAUACAACAGAUUCUAAUUCAGAUUUUCAAUGUAAAUUGGUUUCAAAUAUCAUACUUGUUGCAAAGUUUUCAUUCUUCGCUGAAGGUGAAAAUGAAAUUAAUGUAAAUAAAGGUGAGAUACUUAAAUUAUUAGACAGAUUUGGUAACGGAUGGUUAUUAGUUAAAUUUAUCGAUAAAUUAUCAACACCAGGUUUAAUUCCAGCAUCAUAUUGCGACAUUGCAAUAAACGAUGCAACCAAUCCGGUUACAUUAAAUUGGUUACAUCAAGUAAAAACUACUGAUUUAGUUCAAGAUCAUAAUUAUUUAGAUUUACAAUUUAAAAAACAAGAGAACAAGUUUAAAACUAUAAAUAAUAAAGCAUACCCAAUUUCAGCAUCAAUUUCAAACUUUUUAUUGUAUGAAAAUAGAAAUUGGUACAGAUUAGAUAUUGGUUAUUCAAAUAAUUCAAAAAGUUAUGUUUGCAGAUAUUAUCAAGAUUUUUAUAAUUUACAUAUUGAUUUGUUAAAAAUAUCUGAGGGUGCAGAUGCUUUGAAAUUGCCUAAAUUACCAGAACCUAUUCCAUCAAAUUAUGAGAAUGAAACUGAUCAAGUUGAAAGUUUGUUAAAAAGAUGUAACGACUUAAAUGUCUAUAUUAAUAAAUUGAUAUUAAAUAAAUAUUAUCAAAUUAGUCCAAUGUUGAUUGAAUGGUUGGAAUCAGGUUAUAAUGGAUUACCAGGUUUUGAGGUACAAGAAAAAGAAGAAAUAAAGUUGUCCAAUGAUGAAAUUAAUGAAAAGAUAUUACGAGGUUCAAUUAAUGUUCUAAAGCAUUAUAAUGAAAAGAAACUAGAAUUAAUUAAAUUACGAAAGGAAGAAGAAUUAGCUGAAGAAGCAAAUAAUCAAGAAGAAUUACCAACUAGAUCAAAAUCAAAAAAUAUUUACAAUAAUUAUCAACAAGCUUCCAAUGCAUUACUUCAAAGAACAACAACUGCUAAAUCGCAAAAGUCAUCACCUACAUCAAAUAUACCAACCAGAACCAAUACUCAAACUAGUACCAGUGCUCAUAAUAGUUGUAUCAAAUUAGCUCAUACUAGUGUAGGUAAAGUUAAUUCAAAUCACAAUAGUAUUAGCUCAAGUUCACAUCAUAAUAGUGGUGGUAAUUUAUCAACGAAUAGUGAAAGUUCAAUUGCAAAUUCACCAAUUGAAGAAGAAAAAUUAGAUACACCAAAUACAUCAAUUGAAACCAAUAAUGAAACAACAGAGGCUGCAAAGGCCACCACUACACCAAUAGCAAAACCUCAAGCAAAUUUCAACAGCUUAGAUCAAUCUACUCCACCUCCUAAAUUAUUUACAGGACAUCAAAUUACACCACAACCUAAUUAUGUUCAACAAACACCAUCACCACAAUUAAUGUAUUCAUCGAAAUUCAUAAAUUCACAAAUAUCACCAGCUCCAAUGCAAGCAUUUCCUAAAAAAUCUGGAUUUUCACCACGAAUUAAUACAACUAAUCAAUUUCAAUCAUCUCCAAACUCAAAAAUGUCACCUUUGGGUCAUACAUCACCUAUAUUUCCAAUUCAAGGAUUUAAACAACCACAGUCUCCAGGUAUACAAAAUCAUAAUUUUAUAAAAUGUAAGAUAUUGAAUUAUAAUAAUGAAAUUAUUGCCAUAAAGUUUAAUAAAAAUCAAAUUAAGUCAAUUCAGGAUUUGAAAAGAUUAAUUAAACAAAAGGUAUAUUAUUCAAAGUUAUAUAUCAAGUUACCAAAUUUAAAUAAUUAUGAAAAUAUUGAUAUUAUAAAUUUCAACAUCUUGGAAUUUUUGAAAUUUAAUGAUAAAGUGUUAUUGAAAAUUAAUUAA